AGCCAUUCUUAAAUGAGGGUUAGAUUCCUCCCCAGUAUCACAUUCCUUGUCUUCCAAAGUUCUUGGCAGGAAAAUCUUUGAAGGUUUUGCAUGGUUGGCUUGCUUAAAACUACUUGAACUGAAUUACCUGGUGGGGCAUACGGGGUUACCAUAAAAUGUUUUGAUCGGGUGAAAUGCACCUGUAUCAGUCCGAGUAGCAGAACCGGGGGAGUAAACGGCUUUCUUACGUGCAGUGAGGUGAGGGGACAGCCCCGCUCUGGGAGCGGUACCAGCAGCCCGGGCGCUGUGGGACGGCAGUGCCCGCUCGGUGCCCGGCCCCGCUGAGGGCUGGCGGAGGAAAGGGGACAGGAUCUUUAAACGCUCUCGGAAAGGCAGGCCGACUUCCAGGGCCCCCUCCCGGCCGGACACGCUGCGCCAACGGCCCAUUGCCGCACGGAACCAGCGCGGCCGCGCGGCCUGGGAGCUCCCCGCGAGGCGCGGGCGGGGGAGCGGGGCGUUGCCGGGCGGCCCCGCCCCGCCCGCCCUCUCUGUGACGCCGCGAGCGUGCCUCUCUGACGCGCCGCCGCACUCCAGAAAGUUCCUGGGAACGCCAUUUUGUAGCGGUCUGCGGAUCGGUACUUGCGGCGUUGAGGCCAGCCAUGGCUGGAGAGAGCGGCGGCUCGCGGAGAGAGCGGCGGCACGCCCGAGCCGCGGAGAUGCGGCAUUCCAGGCAAACCAAUUAUCCUAACUGGGAUAAAAAAGGAAGUCCAGAUCACAGAAGAUGCGACAGUGCUAAUAAGAGAAAGAGGAGAUCAUUAAGUGGUGCACAGGAGAACAAGCACUGCAAAAACAUUCUUUCUAAGCUUCCUGACAGUACCUGUUCAGAAACCAAAUCUGUAAAUGAAAGAGACCAUCACGAACGACGCUAUGUUGAAGAAUACAGAAAUGAGUACAAUCAAGGAUGCGAUACUGGGCAUCACAGCAGCAAAUCAUCGGGUCAUAGUGGGACGAGUAGUUAUAAAAGGAAAUACAAGACACAUCACACUACCUGUCAUUAUCAUCAUUCACAGAAGAGUCAUCGAAGGAAAAGAUCCAGGAGUGUAGAGGAUGAUGAGGAGGGUCACCUGAUCUGUCAGAGUGGAGACGUACUAAGUGCAAGAUAUGAGAUCGUUGCUACUUUGGGUGAAGGUGCUUUUGGAAAAGUAGUGGAAUGCAUCGAUCACAAAGCAGGAGACAGACAUGUAGCUGUGAAAAUAGUAAAAAAUGUUGAUAGAUACUCUGAAGCAGCUCGUGCAGAAAUACAAGUGCUGGAACAUUUAAAUGCAUCGGAUCCCAGCAGCACCUAUCGCUGUGUCCAGAUGUUAGCAUGGUUUGAGUACCAUGGACAUGUCUGCAUUGUUUUUGAGCUACUGGGGCUCAGCACCUAUGACUUCAUUAAAGAGAAUGGCUUUCUGCCAUUUAGGCUGGACCACAUUAGACAGAUGGCGUAUCAGAUCUGCAAAUCUGUGAACUUUUUGCAUCUGAACAAGUUGACACAUACAGAUCUGAAACCGGAAAAUAUUUUAUUUGUGACAUCUGACUAUGUAGAAGAGUACAACCCCAAACUAAAAUGUGAUGAACACACACCAAAAAAUCCAGACAUCAAAGUUGUGGACUUUGGGAGUGCAACAUAUGAUGAUGAGUAUCAUAGCACUUUGGUGUCUACAAGACAUUACAGAGCUCCUGAAGUUAUCCUAGCACUGGGCUGGGCACAACCAUGUGAUGUCUGGAGCAUAGGAUGUAUUCUUAUAGAAUACUACCUUGGAUUCACGGUAUUUCCGACUCAUGACAGCAAAGAACACCUGGCAAUGAUGGAGCGAAUACUGGGGCCUUUACCAAACCACAUGAUAAAGAAAACCAGGAAACGCAAAUAUUUCCAUCAUGACCAACUGGAUUGGGAUGAACACAGUUCUGCUGGUAGAUAUGUCUCAAGGCGUUGUAAGCCACUGAAGGAAUUCAUGACCUGCCAUGAUUCUGACCAUGAGAACCUCUUUGACCUCAUUCAAAAGAUGUUGGAGUAUGACCCAGCCAAGCGCAUUACUCUUGAAGAAGCACUGAAACAUCCUUUCUUCUUCCCAUUGAAAGAGAAGCAAAGGGCGCUGUCUCCUAUUGCUGAGCAGGCUGACACUGAUGUUAGUCCACCAAAGAAACAUAAGAAAUGUUAAAUAUUUAUUGUAUACAGUUAUUUUGUAAAUGCCCUAUUUUAUAUUAUGACUUUUUGGAUAGUGAAGUUUAAUCCAGCUGCUGGCAUAAAAUUUAUUUAAGGAAAA